UCUCACUCGAAACAUUAUCGUCAUCCAUACCCGUCAACUCACAGAUACUACGCUCAAUUCCCAACUUCGACUUGGUCGAAGACUAGUGCUGCGAGAGGCUCUCCUGACCCUCGGCUCCGGCGAUGUUAUUAUUGUUGGUCGUAAUGCAUGGCUGUGGACCCCCAAGAGCCAUAUCCAGGUCACAGUCUUCAGCCGGACAUCCCUGCUCUCUUCGGUAUGGACAUCUUGAAAGGCCACAACGAAUACUCCACAGUUAAGUCCCCACUAUGAUAUGAAGUGGUUGGCUAGUGGAGCGAGGAACUCUCGUAUUAACGCUUUAUUGGCUCCAUUGACGGCGGCGCACGGUGCCUGGGACUAAACCUUAACUAGGGAUGAUCCUCCUUCCAAGUGGGACUUACGUUGGGGGUUGAAAACUACCAAGAUUCCCUGCCUCCACACUCGCUAGAUGUGGUUCUUGUCGGGGAGGUGGUGUACCUGUCAGGGAAUUUCAUCAUGGGAGCUGCGAGACACGAGGGAUCACCUCGGUCGGACUCGGGAUCCCCGUCAAGGGAAGAAAACCCGCAGGACGAGUAUGCGGGAGAGCUGGACUAUAGUGCAGACUCCGAUUAUGUCGAGGAAUUUGCGAGCGACACCACAUCGCUCAAUUCGAUGAUCACCGCUUAUCGCUAUGAGAAUGGUAGACGAUACCACGCCUACAGAGAUGGUGCUUACUGGGGCCCAAACGACGAGAUGCAAAACGAACAACUGGAUAUAGCUCAUCAUAUGUUCACCAUGCUUCUUGGAGAUAAGUUGUGUCUUGCGCCCAUAUCUGAUAACAUUCAGAGAGUACUCGAUGUCGGUACGGGAACGGGGAUAUGGGCCAUUGACUUUGCAGAUGAAUAUCCCUCUGCAGAGGUGAUCGGAACUGACCUAUCACCCACUCAACCAACUUUUGUCCCGCCAAAUCUCCGGUUCGAGGUCGACGAUGCUGAAGAUUCAUGGGCAUACCCGGAGAACCAUUUUGAUCUCAUCCAUGUGCGUUCACUAUAUGGGGCAAUUUCCAACUGGCCUGCGUUCUAUCGCAAUAUGAUGAUAGGUCUACGGCCCGGCGGAUGGUUCGAUCAGCUGGAAAUGUCGAUCGAGUUUAGAUCGGACGAUGGCACCGUGACGUAUGACCACAUCCUGGCAGAGUGGUCACGCAUCUUCAUCGACGCAGGUGAGAGAUUUGGCAAGACGUUUCGUAUUUGCGAUCUUGCGCGUGACUACAUGCUGGAUGUUGGAUUCGAAAAUGUGACCGAGCGGCGAUUUAAACUCCCUGUUGGUCCAUGGACCAGAGACGAACACUACCGGAAGCUGGGCAUGUGGAACCUGCUGCAUUGUGAGAAGGGCAUAGAAGGAUGGGCUAUGGCACUUCUCACUCGCGUGAUGGGGUGGAGUUAUGAGGAAGUACAACUAUUUUUGGCAAGUAUGAGGAGAGGGUUACGCGACUACUCAAGGAUCCAUGCCUAUUUCUACGUAGUGAGUGUCUACGGCCAAAAGCCACUCAAGGACCACAAUGCCGAUAAAUAGAUUGUCAGAAAUGAUGCCAGAAAGCACCAUAUAGCUUGGACUAGCGAUGCUUAUACCCCUUGGAACUGUGCAAUCCUCCGCCUGGAGUACGAUUUCGCAUUUACAUUAUAGAAGGGCAGCCUUUAUAAUGAUUUAAUUCCCGUUUAUAACCUAUCUACAAACUAGUCCUUGA